GGGAAGGGGUUCUACAGCGCGCCUCGUGUUUGGUGGAUGUUCAGAAUUCUUGGACAUGAUAAAGUUUGGGUCUUAGAUGGAGGUUUCCCUCAGUGGCAAGCUUCUGGAUUCAAUAUUGGAAGCAGCUGCCUUGAUGAUGCAGUUCUGAAAUCCAGAGCUGCUAAUAGUGCUGUUGAAACAGCUUAUAAUGGUGAAUUGGCAAAUGCUGCCACAUUUCAGACAGAGUUUCGACAUCAGCUAUUGUGGACACUAGAAAAGGUCAAACACAAUGUAGCUGCUAAGGCUCACCAAGUAGUUGAUGCCCGAGUAAAGGGCAGAUUUGAUGGUGUAAUGCCAGAACCAAGGGAAGGAGUAAGAAGUGGGCAUAUACCUGGAACUAAAUGUGUUCCGUUCCCUGAGAUGUCUGAUGGUGCACAAACGCUCCUCCCUGCAGAUGAGAUAUCUAAAAAGUUCGAGCAAGCAGGCAUUUCCCUUGCUGACCCGAUUGUCCUCACAUGUGCAUCUGGUGUAACUGCCUGCAUACUUGCCCUGGGGCUCUAUAGAAUUGGGAAGCAUGACGUUCCGGUUUACGACGGAUCUUGGACAGAAUGGGAAGCACUGCCGGAUAAUGAUUACCCGAUAGUUACUUCCGCUGGCUCUUAAAUCGGUCAUUCUGAGGUGAUGAAUGCAGCUGUUACAUCCUGCGGCAUUCAGCGCGAUGAUAUUUUCCUUUGGCAAGCUGUGCAUCAAAGUCAAUACAAAGGUUAUAGGAAAAAAAAACCUAUUGUACUAUGGCCAAUGUCUAUAGGCCAAUAAUGAGGAAAUCCUAUGUCGAAAGCGUCAAUUAAGUUCAUAUUGGUGUUGUACUUAUAACGUUACUGUUGAAGAAAUAUUGACUUGAAAACAAGAUCAUUCGUCUGAACUGAAGAAAUCAUGCCUUGAAAACAACAUUACAUUUA